UCAUUAAAAACCCUUUUUAAUAUUCCAGGCGUAUGGGCAGGGGUGUUUCCCUACUUGGCACCUUUUCCAGUUCUAUUGGGACAUGAAGGGGCUGGUGUGGUUGAGAGUGUUGGAGAGGGCGUAGAAGAAUUUCUAGUCGGUGACAAGGUGGUUCCAUGUGGUAUGCCCAGGUGUGGAGACUGCUACUCGUGCAAGCAUCCACGAGGUGUUGGAUGUGUAAAUUUUCCGACUGCUCAUCACCUUGUAAAUGCAAGUCAGACUGUAUCCGCUAGAGGUCAAAAGCUGUUUCCUUUGUUCGGCCUUGGAACUUUCUGUGAAUAUAUUGUGGUCCCAACCACUCAACUGGCUAAGUUAUCCCCUGAAACUUGUGUUGAUCAAUUGGCUCCCCUUGGCUGUGCUGUUCUAACUGGGUGGGGUGCAGCAGAAUCUGUUGCUAAGGUUACAAAGGAAGAUAAGGUAGCUAUUUGGGGCUUAGGGGCAGUUGGUCUCUCAGCACUUAUGGCAUGCGUAAAGGCGAAGGCUAAAAUAGUUAUCGCCGUUGAUGUUGAUGAAGACAAAUUAAAGACAGCUGUAAAGUUUGGAGCUACUCACACUCUUUUAGCCAACAAGGAGACUUCCAACCUAAUCAGACAGAUUUGUGAAAGUGGAGUUGACUUUGCAUUUGAGUGUAGUGGGAGUCCAAAAGCCGAAGACCAAGCUAUUGAUUCUCUUCAGUUUGGGUGGGGGCUAGCAGUUCUGGUUGGAUGCCCUAAUACCAAUUCUUCUUUAAGUAUCCCUACCAACCAAUUCAUUGGACAGGGAAAAUCUAUUCGUGGAAUCAUUUUGGGAGGAUGGAAGAAUCCUAAGGAAGCACUAACUAGGCUAGCUGAGGGAUAUUCAAAUGACAGGUGUCCUGAUGUGUCGGGUCUGGUGACUAAAGAAGUAAAGUUGGAAGAUGUAAAUACAGCACUAGAAUCCAUUGUUAAACCACACAACAAAGAUCUCCGAGUUCUUAUUAGAUUUGAUUAAACUGUAUAAAGUGUAUCCCACUUAAAAUGCGUUGAUGCAACCAAGUUUUUUCUCAUUAAACAUAUAAAAUCAGAACCAUUAACUGUGCAAGCUAAUUUGUCUAUUACUAAUCAUUUUAUUUUCGCAUUAUAAUAAAUUGUGAUUUCAAAUA